AUCAGCGACACCCUGCAGCCUCACAGAAACCUGUUACCUUCUCACCGAACUUCAGCGCAUCGUUCAGCGCAUGUGUGCAGCUUUCUGACGCCCCUCUCACCUGAGGACCUGACAGCGUUUCACUUUCUCCAAACUGGAUUCUCGGAGCUCCUCGCCAUGCCUGUCCGGGUUUAGAUACUCAAUGGAGCUCUCUAACCUGUACGAGGUCGCUCCCCGGCCCCUGAUGAGCACCUUAAACCACGGCCAGCAGCCCUCCUCCGGCUACAGAGACCCGGCAGACCUCGGCGGUGAGAUCGGAGACAACGAGACCUCCAUCGACCUGAGCGCCUACAUCGACCCGUCGGCUUUCAACGACGACUUCUUGGCCGACCUGUUCCACCACAGCUCCCGGCAGGACAAGCUCAAGAUCAUGAACGGAGAGUACGACUCAGUGCCCUGCGGUCCGGGGCCCCAGCAGCUCUACAUGUCCAAUUACAUGGAGUCCAAGCUGGAGCCGCUCUACGAGCACAACCCGCCGCGCAUCCGACCGGUGGCCAUCAAGCAGGAGCCCCGGGACGACGAGGACAUGAACCCGGGCAUGCCUCCCACCUACCACCACCCGCACCCGCAUUCCCAGCAGUACUCCCAGCAUUCCCAGCAGCAGCAGCCGCACCUCCAGUACCAGAUUGCGCACUGCGCGCAGACUACCAUGCACCUCCAGCCGGGCCACCCUACCCCGCCGCCGACCCCGGUGCCCAGCCCGCACCAGCACCAGCACCACCACCAACACCCGCACCAGCACCAGCAGCAGGGCGGCCUGAAGCUGCUGGAGCAGCAGCGGGGUGGCGCAAAACACAAGAAGCACGUCGACAAGAGCAGCCCGGAAUACCGGCUGAGGCGCGAGCGCAACAACGUGGCCGUGCGCAAGAGCCGCGACAAAGCCAAGAUGCGCAACAUGGAGACGCAGCAGAAGGUGGUGGAGCUGACCGCGGACAACGACAGACUGAGGCGGAGAGUGGAGCACCUGACCCGCGAGCUGGACACGUUACGGGGCAUCUUCAGACAGCUGCCCGACGGAUCCUUCAAGCCCAUGGGCAGCUGAGAGACUACUGAACCGGACUGGAACCAGACUGGAGAUGGACCGGUACUCUGCUGGAUUUAUACACACAAACGGUUGUGCAUGUGUUCAUGUGUGCGGACGGACUGAGAGCUGGAAGGAGACUGAACUGAGGCAGCUGAGGUGUUCACUGCAAAACGACACAAACAAGUCACUUUGUCUUCAGCUGAGUCCAAAAACUCACAUUUUCUCUCCAAACGUGAAACAACCAGCAAAUAUUUAGAAAAAAAAAUCAGGCAGUUUGACAUGAAGAUUUGAAAGAAUCAAAGACCUGAACUCAUUCAGCGGCUCUUGUUUCAGGAGUUUUCCAGAAGAAAAGCUCCUGAAGCCGGACAGAGAACCAUUCUAGAAAACUCCUGAAACAACAGGCUCGACUUUGACUGGAAACAGGUGAACUCGUUUCACCGUCAUCUCAUUGGCUGAUCGCUUUUCACCUGUUCUGAGAAAAUCGGACUCGUGUGGACUCCAGAGACGAACGGACUUGUUCCGACUUUGUUGUUUGCAGUGUUCAUGUGCCUUUUUAAACGUUAGUGUAAAAGCCGAUAAGCUCGUUCCCUGCAGACACAACAGAGGACUGCUUGUUUCUGUGCCUUGUUUCCGUGCAGACUGUGUGCGCGUCACACUCAACCCACAUAUCAGUGCAGCUAAGGUAGGGCGUGAUGGGGCGACCCCAGAUCAGCCUGUUGUGCAUGUUCGUUUCCUCACUUAUUUUUGUCUAUUUUAUACAAGUUACCAUCUCCAUAUCUUCUCCCGAUGAACUAGAUUUUGUCUUAUCGAGCUAUGAAAUGCAAAGUGCACCCUGCUUGCAUAUAGGCUAAAUUGUAUGUGUAUGCAUGUACGUUUAUUUCUUCCUGCAGAGACAAUAAUGCAGCCGUCCACAUGGACGAGGUGCACGGCUGUCUGCUUCACAGGUCGGAGAUCAGUUUGAUGGUACGGGUGGAUGAUAUGGACGCUAUCUGAUAGGCCUAAAGAGCAGAGAGUUAUCUGAUGAUCAUGUGACACGAAGUUAAACUCACCUUCAUCCCUCAGAGGGAAAACAGCUUUUAAUGUUUUAAAAGUCAGAAAAAUGCUCUAAUUUCCAGCUGAAGUGUUUUUGCUGCAGAUUUCAGUCAAACGUAACUUUUGAACUCUUUUUAACUGUGAACCACCGUAUCUCCACACUGCGCCUCUCAGGUGAAAACCUUGUAUCUCCAUGUUUAGGGGUUUUUCAUGCUUUCAGACCAGCUGAAGGAGUAAAAGCUCCAGAGUAAAACGAACCUUGUAGAAUUCACACAAAUCAUCUCAAUCAUUGGAGCGGCGGGUUUGUUCCUGCCAGCUCAUGUUUCUGUUUCUAUGACUGAUAAUAACUGACGGUUCAACGCCAAAGUGAAAAACACAAACUCACUGUCACAGAGAAAACAAGACUGGAAUUGAAACUGUGGUACCUGCUUCAUCAUGUCACUGCCCAGUAAAAACCACGUAUCUCCAAACCUGCUGGUCUGUUUCGGGCUUGCGAUGAUGCAUUUUUAAUCAGGUUUGUGAACUUUGAAGGAGGUAAAACUCUGCAGAGAACUGAACACUCUGUCUGCAGACUUGGAGAUGUGUGGUUUUUCACGGGACGGCUACGGCAGAGCAGCUUCCUCGUAUGCACUAUUUAUCGUCAAAUGAAGCACAGUGUUGUCUUUGACACAUGGGUACUGAUCUGAAAAGAAAGACACGCCUCGCUCUACAUACGUGUUUUUAUGUGUCGCUGAUUUCGAGAGAAAAACAAACAAAAACAAAAUGUGAAAAGGGUUUCUAUGCAGCGUCUCUUCCUCUUUUCCACUGUUGAAUCAUCACACACACACACACACAGUGCCUUCUGGUCCUUUGAGAUGACCUUUGACCUCUUGCUGAUCUGCUCGUCAUUGCUCUGUUGAGAAAGAUUUUCAAAGAUGAUGAUUCUGUCAGCGAGGAAGAAGGAAGCACUUUUCUUGUUUUUUUUACAAACUGAUGUUAAACCAACGUUUGUUCCAAAGUUAACGUCUCGACUGUAAAAUAAGCCUAUAUAUAAAUAUAUAUAUAAAUAAUUAUAUAUAUGAAAUACCAAAAAAUCUGAAUUAUUAUAAUAAAAGAGCCUGUUUU